AUGGAUGUAUAUACAAGUUCGUCUGGCCUUCAACAUGUUGUUGGUUAUGGACCCCAUUCAGUUGUAGUCGCACAUCCAAAUCAUAGCCAUCAUCAUCAUCAUCAUUGCCAUUCACUACCACCAGCACCACGACCAGUACAGAGAUCAACAUCUGCUUAUCAAUUAGUACCUCUUGUACCUGUCUCAUCCACUACAGUCUAUGUACCAGUUCAACAACAAAAACCACAACAGAGACAACAACAACAACAAUUACCACCUCAAAUAGUACAAGAUCCAUUUCAUGCCGAACAAUAUGCUCCAAGUCGAGGAACGUCAGCAAAAAUUCCCAGAUAUAAUUCACUUGAUGAUCCACAUAUGCAAGAUUUCUAUUCUCGAAAAUUUGGUGCACGACCAAAAUCAUCAAUGAAACGUGCAACUCGACCAGAUACACUUUAUCGUAUAACAAUUAAAACAGCUAAUGUUAAAGAUGCUGGAACAAAUGCCAAAGUAUAUUUAAGUAUAUAUGGAAAGAAAGAUAAAGUUUGUCGAAAAUUUUUAACACGUGAAACUAUGUUACGUGGUCAAAGUCAACUUUCAUUAUCAUUAAAUGGUCUUGACAAAACUGUUGAUAAUGAUUUAUAUAAUAUUGAAUUUAAACGAGGAGCUACAGAUAUUGUUUAUAUUCGUUGUCGAGAUCUUGGUAUAAUUCAUCAUAUAAUUCUUGAACAUACAGGAGUUCUAUUUGAACAAAGUUGGUUAUGUGAAUAUGCUUUAAUAACUAAUGUUCGUACAGGUCGUUCAUGGUUAUUUCCAUGCAAUAAAUGGUUAUCAUUAUUUUCACCAGGUGAUGGUUUAUUAUCAGUUGAAUUAUAUCCUAGUGAUCAUGCACUUGAAUUUGAUAUGAAAAAACCUAAAGGACCAAAAGAUACCGAAUAUGAAAUUAUUGUAAUAACAGGUGACAAGCGAGGUGCCGGAACAGAUAGUCAAGUUUAUGUGACAUUAUUUGGAGAUGAAGGAAAACGAACAGAAAAACUUCAUUUAAAUAAUUCAGAUAAUAAAAAUCCAUUUGAACGUAAUCAAACAGAUAAAUUUCGUAUUAAAGGCGAUUACGUUGGAGAAUUAGUUAAACUUCGUAUUGAACAUGAUAAUGCUGGUCGAUUACCUGGCUGGUUUCUUGAUCGAAUUGUUAUAACAGAUUUAUAUGAACCAAAAACAAAAUAUUUUGCAACAUGUAAUAAAUGGUUAGCUAAAAAUGAAGGUGAUGGACAAAUAUCACGAGAUCUUAUAUUGAAUAAAGAUGGAAUUGGAAAAAGACAAAAUAAUAAAUAUAAAAUAACAGUAUUUACAGGCAAAAAACGAGGAGCUGGAACAGAUGCAGAUGUAUUUAUUACUCUUUAUGGUGAUGUUGGUGAAACAGGUGCCAUUGUACUUGAUGACAAAAAGAAUAAUUUUGAAUCUGGACAAAAAGACGAAUUUACUAUUGAAUGUCCAUCUGUUGGUGAAUUAUCUAAAAUCUUAAUAGCACAUAAUAAUAAAGGUUCAGCACCAGGUUGGUUUUUGGAUCGUAUAUUAGUUGAAGAUCUCGAAGCAAAUCGUAUAUAUGAAUUUCCAUGUAAUAAAUGGUUAGCAACAGAUGAAGAUGAUGGACAAAUAUCUCGUUAUCUAUUUCCAAAAGCAGCUGGUGAUUCGGACAAAGUACCUACAGGAGGCAUUCCGUAUAAUAUAACUGUUUAUACAGGAAAUAAAAGCAAUGCUGGUACAGAUGCAAAAGUUUAUAUAGUUAUGAAUAAUAACAAAUCAUCGUCGGGUCAAAUAUUCUUAAGUGAUGGAAAAUUUGAAAAAAAAUCUAUUGAUUUAUUUACAAUUGAUGGUCCAGAUGAUCUUAGUCCAUUAACAACAUUGGAUGUUGGACAUGAUAAUACUGGAGCAGGACCUGGAUGGUAUCUUGAUAAGGUUGUUGUUGAAUGUCCAAGUACAGGAAUAAAACAAACAUUUCCUUGCAAUAAUUGGUUAGCUGAUGAUGAAGGUGAUAAACGUAUUGAACGUCGAUUAAAAGAAGAUCUAUCAUUACGUGAAGAACGUCCACCAACUGUACCAUGGUAUGUAUGGGUAUAUACCAGUGAUAUGAAAGGAGCUGGUACAGAUGCUCAAGUACUUCUUGUUCUCUAUGGUCAUGAUGGAAAAUCAGAUGUAAUUAAAUUAAAAAGUAAAUCGGAUGUAUUUGAAGCUGGGAAAUGUGACGAAUUUAAAGUUGAUAUAUCUGAUGUUGGUACACCAUUUAAAUUACGUGUUAGUCAUGAUAAUAAAAAAUUAUUUGCAUCAUGGCAUCUCGAUCGAAUUGAAAUGGAAAAUCUUAACACUAAGAAACGUUAUAUAUUUAAUUGUGGAAGAUGGUUAUCGAAAAAAGAAGAUGACAAACAAAUUAUUCGAGAAUUACCAGCUGAAGGUCCUGGAAUAAAAAGACCUUUACCAGUUGUUAAAUAUCAUGUUGAUGUAUAUACGGGUAAUAAAGCUGGUGCUGGAACAGAUGCAAAUGUUUUUAUUAAUAUUUUUGGUGAUAUUGGCGAUACAGGAGAACGACCAUUGGAAUAUUCUAAAAAUAAAAAUAAAUUUGAAAAAAAACAAGUUGAUAAUUUUGUUCUCGAAGCUGUUCAAUUAAAACAAAUAAAAAAAAUUCGAGUUGGUCAUGAUGGAGCUGGUCCAGGUGCUGGAUGGUAUUUAGAAAAAAUUGUUGUUCGUCCAGAAGAUGAACGAUAUGAACCAGCAACAUUUGAAUGCAAUAGAUGGCUUGCUACUGAUGAAGAUGAUGGGCAAAUUGUUCGAGAAUUAACACUUGCCAGUGCAGCACAACAUUUAGAUAAAACAACAUAUAAUGUUCGAAUAAAAACUGGAGAUGUUUUACAAGGUGGAACUGAUGCUGAUGUACAUUUGAAAAUAUUUGGCGGCAAAGGAGAUUCAGAUAAAAUUCAACUUAGGUCAGCAAAUAAUACAUCAAAUAAAUUUGAACGAAAUCGUAUUGAUCAUUUUGUAUUCGAAUUUGAUGAUUUGGGAAAAAUUGAACAUAUUAUAAUUGGACAUAAUGGAAAAAAUCCUGGUGCCGGAUGGUUUCUUGAUUGGGUAGAAAUUGAUAUACCAAUGCGAGGAGAACUUUAUAGAUUUGCUUGUCAUCGUUGGUUAGAUAAGAAGGAAGGUGAUGGUAAAAUAGAGCUUGAUUUAGCAAAUCCUGAAGUUACAAACAAAACAAGUGUUAUUCCAUAUGAAAUAACUGUUUUUACUGGUGACAAAUCUGGUGCUGGUACAGAUGCAAAAGUAUUUAUUCAAAUAUAUGGUUUAAAUGGUAAAACAGAAGAACUGGUUUUAAAAAACAAAUCAGAUUCAUUUGAAAGAAAAAUGGUAGAUAAAUUUAAAAUAGAAGCUCCAGAUAUAGGACAAAUUCAAAAAAUUCGAAUUGGUCAUAAUUCAGAAAAAAUGGGUUCAGCAUGGUAUCUCGAGAAAGUACUUAUUCAACGACAUGUUAGUGAACAAUUUGAUAAACGAAAACGAAGUUUUAAAUCUGAUCGAUCACAACGUCUGAGUCAAAUUAGUGCAGUCGAUCCAAAUGUUGAAGAAUAUUGGUUUGUUUGUCGACAAUGGUUUGAUAAAAGUUCAGGAGAUAAACAAACUGUUAGAGAAUUAUUACCAACCGAUCCAGAUGGAAAACCAUUAAGCGAUAGAAAUGAAGUAACUUAUAUGAUACAUGUCUUUACUGGAGAUAAAAGUGGUGCCGGAACAGAUGCAAAUGUUUUCUUGACGAUCUAUGGUGAACAUGAAGAUUCAGGUGAACGUGAAUUAAAAAAAUCGAAAACAAAUAUGAAUAAAUUUGAAAAGAAACAAGAAGAUGUUUUUGAAGUGAAAGGCAUAUCAUUGGGUAAAUUAAGAAAAAUCAAAAUUAGACAUGAUGAUUCAGGGGCUGGUUCAGCAUGGUUUCUUGAUCGUGUUGAAAUUGUUGAUCCGGAAACUGAACUUGUAUCUCAUUUUAUUUGUCAAAAAUGGUUGGCAACUGAUAAAGAUGAUGGAAUGAUAUCUCGUGAAAUUCCAGCACUUGAAAAUAAAGCACUUCGUUUAGCAGCUGCACGUGAAAGUGUAUCAGGAGCAUCAUCUGAUCAUAGUCUAGAAAUGAAAGCAUUAGCCACAACAUAUAAAGUUAAUGUUGUUACAUCGGAUAAAUUUGGUAGUGGAACAAAUGCAAAUGUUUAUAUUUGCAUAUUUGGAAAAAAGAAUGAUACAGGAAAAGUUCCAUUGGCAACAUCAAAAACACAUAAAGAUCCAUUUGAACAAGGUCAUACCGAUGUAUUUGAAGUUGAAGCUAUGGAUAUUGGUGAACCGAUAAAAAUUAAAAUUGGUCAUGAUGACUCUGGUUUUCGAUCCGAUUGGCUAUUAGAAAGAGUAGAAAUCGAUGUACCUAAAUUUGGUCGCACAUGGCUUUUUCCAUGUGGAAAAUGGAUAGGUAAAUCUAAAGGUGAAGGUGAAUUAGAAGUUGAACUUUAUCCAAAAACUACAGCAAGUUCAGUUUAUACACCAUAUGUUCCAUAUGAAAUUAAAGUUUAUACAUCGAAAAAAUCAGGUGCAGGAACAGAUGCUAAUGUUCAUAUUGAAAUUUAUGGUUUUGACAAAACAACUGGCGAAAUUAUGUUAUGUAAUAAAACAGAUCGAAAAGGAAAAUUUGAAACAGGUUCUGUCGAUACAUUUGUAAGAGAACUUGAAGAUGUUGGAGAUCAUAUUGAAAAAAUUCGUAUUGGACAUGAUAAUUCUGGUUUUGGUGCAGCAUGGCAUUUGGAUCGUGUAGAAAUUCGUCGAUUACUUAAAGGAGAAAAAACUAAAACAUAUAUAUUUCCAUGUGAUCGUUGGUUUGCAAAAAAUGAAGAUGAUCGACAAAUUGUACGAGAACUUGUACCAGACAAAGUUAUUGAAGAAAAACUUGAUAAAAGUGGAAACUUACAAGUAAAAGAAAAAGAAAUUGCAGAUCGACUUGAAAUGAAACAAUAUACAUUGGAUGUUUAUACAGGUGAUAAAUUUGGUUGUGGAACUAAUGCUGAUGUUUUUUGUACAGUUUAUGGUGAUAAAGGUGAUACUGGCGAACGAGAAUUGUCACGUUCCGAAACGCAUAGAGAUAAAUUUGAAAGAAAACAAAUGGAUAGAUUUAAAAUUGAAUCUGCAGAUUUAGGAAAUAUUUAUAAACUUAAAAUUCGACAUAAUAAUAAAGGUUUAUCACCUGAUUGGCUUCUUGAGCGAGUUGAAGUUAUAGAUGAUAUAAGAACAUAUGUCUUUCAUUGUGAACAAUGGUUAGCUAAAGGAAAAGGAGAUUCAAAACUUGAACGAACACUUUAUGAAAAAGAUUAUCAAGGUUCAAUGAGUAGUAUGGGAUCUAUACCUCGUUCUGUCGGUGGUUCAAAACUUAGUUUAGCAUCGAAUGAUAGUGGAAGUAAACAUGACCUAUUUCGUCAAACUCAACGAAAAAAUAUUAUGUCAAGUAUAGCAGAAGAAUCUCGAAAUUCAACUCAAGAAGGUAUACCUUAUACUGUUAAAGUCAAAACUGGCGAAGCACGUGAUGCUGGAACAUCAGCAAAUGUAUUUAUACGUUUAAUUGGUCGUAAAGGUCGACAAACAGGUGUUAUACCAUUGGAAUUAAUGCAACGACAACGUUUUGAACCAGGAAAAGUUGAAACAUUUUCUUUACAAGAACCUGAUAUUGGAGAUUUAGAAGUUGUUGAAAUUGAACAUAAUGGUGAAACAUUAGCGGAUAGUUGGUUUCUUGAUGAUAUUACUAUUGAAAUGCCAACAAAAGGACGUGCAUUUUAUUUUGCUUGUCAUGAAUGGUUAUCAAAAGAGAAGGGUGAUGGAAAAACUAAACGUAUACUUAAAGUACAAGAUUCUAAUCAAUCAUCAUUUCGUCCUUUAAUUCCAUAUGAAGUCACAUUUUAUACAGGUGAUGUGGAAAAUGCCGGUUGUGAUUGUGAUGUUAGUUUGAAAUUAUUUGGUACAACAGGUUCAUCAUCUGAACAUAUUAUUCGAAAAGAAGAACGAAAUUUUGAACGUGGUUCUAUUGAUCCAUUUCAAUGUGAAUUAGAUGAUGUUGGUGAACCAAUUAAAUUACGUGUUACAAUACUUCCAAAAGGUAAAAAAGGUCGACAUAGUUGGUUUUUACAAAAUAUUGAACUUAUUAAACAUACGAAACAAAAUGAACGACAAAAGAAAUAUUUAUUUGGUUUAAAUGAUUGGAUAUCAAAAGAAACAGAUUUUCAUCAUGAUAUACCAUUAACGAAAGGUGGCAAAGCAUUAUUAAAAGAAACAACUUAUCGUGUAACAGUAAAAACAACUGAUAUAUCUGGUGCAAGUUGUGAUUGCAAUGUUUUUAUUGUUAUUUCAGGUGCAAAUGGUGAUAGUGGAGAAUUAGAAUUAAAACAUUCAUCAACACAUAAAAAUAAAUUUGAACGUAAUCAUGAAGAUGUAUUUAUGUUUGAAAAUAUUCUAAGUUUGGGUGAAUUAACUAAACUACGUAUAUGGCAUGAUGAUUCAUCAAUGUUAAAAAAUGCAUGGCAUUUAGAAUAUGUACAAAUUGAUGAUACACGAACAGGAGAAACAUACAUGUUUCCAUGUAAUAAAUGGUUAUCAUCGAAGAAAGAAGAUCGACAAAUUGUACGUGAACUUGUAUGUAGUAAUGAUUCACCAAGUACAAGUCGACGAGGAUCAUUAACACCAUCAGGAAAAGUUCCAUAUGAAAUUGAAAUUUCAACAUCAGAUAAACAAAAUGCAGGUACAACUCAACAUGCAUGGAUUAUUCUUGAAGGAAAUAAAAAACGAUCAGAAAAAUUUCAUAUGAAAAAUACACCACAUAAUAAAAUUUUACGAGGUGGACAAACGGAUACAUUUACAUUUGAAUGUCGAUCACUUGGUGAAUUACGUCGUAUUAUUUUAGGUCAUAAAGAACGACCUGAAUAUCCACUUAAAACAUAUGAAGGUCGUGAAGCUAUGUGGCAUGUUGCACAUGUAACUGUUACAGAUCCAUCUACAGGCGUUAAAUUUGAAUUUCCUGUACGACAAUGGAUUGAUAUUAAUAAUGAGGGUGAUGUGUUUGAAUGUGCUGAGAAAAAAGAAGAUACUAUUGCACAACAACGUCAUCGUCAUACGAUUAAAUAUAAAAUUAUCGUUCAUACAGGUGAUGUAUCACAUGCUGGUACAGAUGCAAAUGUAUCAAUUAUUCUUUAUGGUACUCUUGGUGAUACUGGUAUUCGAGGAUUAAAACAAAAAGGUCGAAAUUUAUUUGAACGUGGUCAAGUUGAUGAAUUUAUUAUUGAAUGUUUAGAUUUAGGUGAAUUAACAAAAUUACAUAUUGAACAUGAUAAUGCUAUGAUAUCACCUGAUUGGUUUCUCGAUAAAGUUGAAGUUAUUAAUAUGGAUACAAAUGAAACUAUUGGUUUUCCAUGUAAUCGAUGGCUCGGACUUUCAUUUAAUCAACCGAAGUUUCCUCCAACAGCCACUUGGAAUUCCAAUGGAAUUACCCUUGCUAAUCGAUCAAUUGUUGGUGUAUAUCCUAACGCCAUUUUUGUAAACACAAAUAAUACAAUCUAUGUCGUUAAUCGGGAAAAUAACACAAUUCUAAUAUGGCAUGAAGAGAGUGUGUAUCCAACAAAGAUCAUUCACGGUAUUUUUACAAAUUCCGAAUCUCUUUUCGUGACAUCGAAUGGUGAUAUUUAUAUUGACGAUGGCGAGAAGAAUGGUCGAGUGCAGAAAUGGAGUGCAGAAACAAAUAUCUUUGUCACAGUGAUGAAUGUCAGCACAUCAUGUGUUGGUUUGUUUGUCGAUAUCAAUAAUACUCUCCAAUGUUCAAUGACUGAUCAUCAUCAAGUAGUGAAAAGAUCAUUAAAUGAUGCUGUGAUGACUUCAAACCGUGUUGCUGCUGGAACAGGUAUUCGAGGAUCAGCCUCGAAUCAACUUGCUGGUCCACGUGGAAUCUUUGUUGAUGUGAAUUUGGAUUUAUAUGUAGCGGAUUGUUUCAAUAAUCGAGUUCAAUUGUUUCAGUCGGGAGAAUCAAACGGUAUCACAGUAGCUGGAAGUAUGUCACUAAAUCCAACAAUUACACUUCGUUAUCCAACUGGAAUCAUAUUAGAUGCUGAGAAGUACUUAUUCAUUGUGGAUUCUGGCAAUAGUCGUAUUGUUGGUUCAGGCUUGAAUGGUUUUCGAUGUUUAGUUGGAUGUUAUGGAGAAGGAUCACAAUCAAAUCAAUUGAAUAAUCCAUCUAGUUUUAGUUUCGAUCAUUCUGGAAACAUGUUUGUUACUGAUCAAUAUAAUCAUCGCAUUCAAAAAUUUCAAUAUUUGGAAGAAUCAUGUGGUAAGUUUAGAAUGACCGAAUAA